CAUACAAAGCGGCCGAUAAUUCCCAACCAAUGCCAUCCCUCGCGUACAUAAUUAAAGCCCUGUUGCGUCGGAAACAGAUAGAACAGUCAUCCCUCACCCAAACCAGACUCGACCGAUGCCUAUCCACACUAGACUUAACUGCUCUCGGUAUUGGCAGUACAUUAGGUCUGGGAAUCUAUGUGUUGGCCGGAGAGGUGGCCAGUAGGACAGCUGGACCCGCAGUUACGCUCAGUUUUUUUGUCGCUGCCGUCGCGUCGGUAUUCGCGGGUCUAUGUUAUGCCGAGUUCGGAGCCCGAGUGCCAAAAGCCGGUUCCGCUUAUGUAUAUUCCUAUGUGACAGUCGGAGAAUUAAUGGCAUUUAUUAUCGGAUGGAAUCUCGUCUUGGAAUACGUUAUCGGCACAGCAUCGGUGGCCAGAGGUUACAGUCUUUAUAUCGAUUCGCUGGUCAACGGCACUAUUCAGCACCACUUCAGGGAAUGGAUGCCAAUGGAUGUGACGGGACUAUCGGCUUAUCCUGAUUUCCUGGCAUUUGGAAUAACCCUCUUAUUG